AUGCCGGCCGAGCUAGCAGCUGUGGUGGAGAAAAGCCUCUGUGCCGUCUUGGCCCGCCACCAGCACCUGGAGGAGCUGCUCUCCCAGCCUGACACGUCAGCAGACGACCUGGCGAGAGCAGGCAAGGAGAUGAGCGAUCUGGCGCCAGCUGUCGCAAUCGCACUGGAGCUGCAGAAAAAGACAAAGGAGUUACAAGACUUGCACGCGCUACUAAAGGGACAAGGGCAGCCUUAUAACGAGGACAAUGACACAAAGGGAGGGAAGAGAGAAGGAGGCAGGGAGGCGGAUGAGGAGGACGAGGAGUUGAGAGCGAUGGUGUGGGAGGAGAUCGGGGUGGUGGGAGGGGAGAGGGAGGCACUGCUGCGGAGUGCAGUGAGGCGGAUAUUACCUAGGGACGAGGCGGACCAAAGAGGAUGCAUUGUGGAGGGUUCCGAGCUUCCCCUCCCCCCAACUCUCCCUCCUCCCCUUCGCCUUCUCGCCCCUUUUCCCCCCCAUUCAUCGCCACUCAACCCAUGCGUGUGUGCAAGCACAGGAGGCGACGAGGCAGCCCUAUUUGAGACGACUCAAAACCCGCCCCUCCCCUUCUCGCCCCCCUAUCCGCCCAUUCAUCGCCACUCAACCCAUGCGUGUGUGCAAGCACAGGAGGCGACGAGGCAGCCCUAUUUGAGACGACUCAAAACCCGCCCCUCCCCUUCUCGCCCCCCUAUCCGCCCAUUCAUCGCCACUCAACCCAUGCCACAGGAGGCGACGAGGCAGCCCUAUUUGAGACGACUCAAAACCCGCCCCUCCCCUUCUCGCCCCCCUAUCCGCCCAUUCAUCGCCACUCAACCCAUGCGUGUGUGCAAGCACAGGAGGCGACGAGGCAGCCCUAUUUGCGUCGACUCAAUACCUGCCCCUCCUCCCCUCUCCUCCUCUCGCCCUCCCUCCCCCAUUCAUCGCCACUCAACCCAUGUGUGUGCAGGCACAGGAGGCGACGAGGCAGCCCUGUUUGCAGCUGACGUGUUCCAAAUGUACCAGCGCUUCUGCGCUAAGCGGGGGUGGCAGUUUGAGGUUCUAGACGUCACAGAGAUUGAGAAGGGCGGAUACAAGGAAGCGAGUGCGAGUGUGUCAGGGGAAGGGGUGUUUGGGAGCCUCAAGUGGGAAAGUGGCGUGCACAGGGUGCAGCGAGUACCGGCCACUGAGAAAUCGGGCAGGGUGCACACGAGUGCUGCUACCGUGGCUGUGCUGCCCCAAGCUGACGAGGUGGACGUGCUAAUCCGCCAGGAGGAUCUGCGUAUCGACACGUACCGCAGCGGCGGGUGUGGAGGGCAGUCGGUGAACACGACCAACAGUGCCGUGCGCAUCACCCACUUGCCCUCGGGGCUUGUCGUGGCUAUACAGGACGAACGCUCUCAGCACAUGAACAAGGCCAAGGCGCUCAAGGUGCUGCGAGCACGGCUGUUUGACCUGCAGAGGAAGCAGGCCGAGGCGUCGCGGUCUCAGCUCAGACAUGGGCAGAUCGGCUCUGGCGAUCGCUCGGAGCGAAUCCGCACGUACAACUUCCCGCAGGGCCGAAUCACGGACCACCGCGUGGGCCUCACCCUGCACUCGCUGCCGCAGGUGCUCCAAGGGGAGGGCCUGGAGGCGUUUAUAGAGGCGCUGGAGGCAGCAGCAGAGAAGGAGGCGAUAGAUGGCCUGGCCAAG